AUGCCACUUACGUUUCCAUCAUCAGUUGCCAAAAAAGUUCGAUUGGCUCUAUUACAUAAAUGUAAUAGUAGUCGAAAACGACGUGACGAUAUAACAGUAGUUGAUUAUAGUCAUGGAAAUUUAUCAUCUGUACCAGAAGAUAUACUUCAAUAUGAAAAUACAUUAGAAGAACUUCAUUUAGAAGCAAAUUGUCUUCAAGAAUUGCCAAAAUGGUUAUUUCAAUGUCAUGCUUUACGUUAUUUACUUUUAUCUGAUAAUGAACUUGAUUGUUUACCACCAUCUAUUUCAAGUCUUACGAGUUUAGAACGUUUAGAUUUAAGCCGAAAUGAUUUAAUGUCACUACCAGAUAAUAUUCGUUAUUGUAAAUUAUUAACAUCAGUUGACUGUAGUUCAAACCGAUUAGAAAGAUUAUGUGAAGGAUUAACAAUGUUAAUUAAUUUAAAAGAAUUAUAUCUUAAUGAUACAUUAUUAGAAUUUUUACCAGGCAAUUUCGGACGGUAG